AGAUUUGGUGCUGCGUCCAAGCAUGAAGCAUUCCCUGAAACCCCAAAAGUCGAGGAUAUUCCGGGACGCAGAAGUCUUAAUACAGUAGCAGAUUUACUUGCUGGGGAAGAAGAAGCUAUCGAGUUGGAUGGGAUCAUCAACGUUGCGCAGCAGUUUCGAGAGCUGCGUGAGAAGGCUGAGAAACACGCUUUCCAAACUGAAGUCAAUGAACCAUUGGCAAGUCCGCGAUCGACUGUAGAAUUCAUCAGCAAGAUCACAGACACUGAAACCAAGUCUGAUGAUGUCGGGGAUUUGAUCGGACAAUUCGGUGUUGGAUUCUAUUCCGCAUUCUUAGUUGCCAAUACAGGGAUCCUAACCACCAUGCACAAUGACAACAAGCAGUACAUUUGGGAGUCUGAUGCAUCUUCCUUCACUAUUGCCAAGGACAGUUUGUGCUGGAUUAAGCAUCAGGCCAAAAUGUGGUUUAAUCUGGCCCUGGCCAAGGAUCCACGUGGACCCAUGCUCAAACAUGGAACACAAAUCACACAGAAGCUCAAAGAAGAAGCUUGGGAUUUCCUGGAGCAAGACACCCUUUGCAAUCUCAUGAAGAAGACGGAGAUGGUUGAUGACGAAGUGUUGGAGGAAGAUGAAGAGCAGGUGAAACCAGAGAAAACGGAAGAUGAAACAGAAACUGAUGUUGAGGAGGAGAAAGAAGAGGCGAAGCCGAAAACUAAACAGGUGGAGAAGACAACUUGGGACUGGGAAUUCCUCAACGACGCAAAACCUAUUCGCGAAGUUUCCUUCAAAGCUCUGCUCUACGUUCCCAAUGGACUUCCAAAUGAAGCGUUCAAUUCAUAUGGGGAAAAAACCGACAACAUUAGGCUGUAUCUGUGCGACGAGUUUUCAUCACUGAUGAUUUCCAAGAGCAUGAUGCCGAUUUACUUGUCAUUCGUCCUCGGUAUCGUUGAUUCUGAAGAUCUUCCACUGAAUGUGUCUCGAGAAAACCUUCAACAGCAUAAGCUUCUCAAGAUAAUCAAAAAGAAGCUUGUUUGGAAGGCUUUGGACAUGAUGAAGAAGCUUGCAGGAUGA